AAAGAAGAAGUAAUUGGAAGUGAACAUGACCAAGAACAAUUUCCACGAUAGCGUUUUUAUUUAGAUAUUAACUCCACAGAACUCAAAAUGACUAAUUUAACUGCACAGCAUCACAUACCUGCUCCGGGUAGUCAUUAAUUCGUGUUGGAGACAGGACUUGGUUGAUAGAUGUUAUCUAGGUAACUAAGCUAUAUAGCAGUUCAUGUUAGCUAACAAUGGCUAACUGUAUGGUUUUUCACACUCAAAUAGCCUCCGUCAUGGAGGUUCUAGCGAAUGCAGCCGUGGCAGAGAUAUGUAAACUCGUAGACGACGACUAUGCAGUGUUUCGUUUGGAAAUUUCUCAAAGCCAGAAGGAAAACGGGGCAUUACGGAGGAAACUCCAGCUACUGGAACUGAAGAUGGCACGGGAGCGCGCAGAGAGGACAAGGCGAGAGCGCGUCCUCGCCAGUCCUCCCAGAAGUGUCAAUAUUCUCGACCGAUACAGAGGAUUGGCAAGAGGUGAAGGACAUCUCACUGGAAGCCAUAGGCGCUUUGUGAAGCCAGCGGGACACAACGCGUUAAGAGAUGACCAACCCAUAUCUAUAGAUGAGGGGAGUGGAACCUCAACCAGGCACGUUAUCAUGAUAGAGUCUGCAGAUGCAGAGGUUGCAUGUCCUGGGGUCAAGCAGGAAACGUCUGAAGGAGAGGAGGACCAACGGCACAGCAGAGACAUCCAGACUGGAGACCCUACCAUUGCUACCGCGCCGCCCAGGAUCCAAAGCAGCAUCAUGGAGGUCAGUGGAAUGCCGAACGCCGUCCUCAAGUCAGAGACAGACACAGAGACUUUAACUGUACCACACAGGCUCUUACACACAGGAUCUGACCACAGAUCAGACCCAGUGGGGCUUGAGCGACUGGGCUGUACUCCUGCUCCUGGCUCAGAGUAUUUACCGGUAUUUCACCAGAGCGAGAGGACGGUUAAUUCCCAUGGAGAUGAUGAUGGUGACACGUUAGACACUGGUGGUGAUUCAUCUUGUUCUUACGCUACAGAGAUGGACCCUGUCAACAUAUCCUUGGGUUUAGAGAGACAGACUGAUCUGUCUAGAGGGGACUGGAACCGGUACAGUAGUGGUGUGUACUCAGAAGGGUGCCUAGAUAAGAAAGGGGAGGUUAUAGUGGUAGAUGAGGUGAAAGUGGAGGGCAACGCUCCUCUGACAUGGAAUGCAGAUGAGACUCACUUAGAAGGACACUCACAAGGCAGAGAUUUCUUAGAUUACACGGAGAACAUAGAGACGACCCACUCCCCUCCACAUGCUUUCAGGGAUCGUAACCCAGUGUCCACGUCAAUGGGGCCUUCCGAUUCACACAGCCGGGUUCUUUUCGAUCAAGUAUUGAACUCAAACGACAGGGCUACAGCCCAGACUCAAGGAGGGGGAGCCACAUCAGGCAAUAUCAAAGAGAAGCGGUUCCUCUGCAUGUUCUGUAACAAAGGCUUCAGCUGCCCCCAGAAGGUAGAGAUCCACCAGAGGGUCCACACAGGGGUGAAACCAUACAGCUGUACCCAGUGUCACAUGCGCUUUGCUGAGGCUGGCAGCCUGAAGAGGCACCAGAGGGUCCACACAGGAGAGAAACCCUUCAGCUGUACCCAGUGUCAUAUGUGCUUCUCCCACUCUUUCAGCCUGAAAAGGCACCAAAGGGUCCACACAGGCGACAAAUCAUACAGCUGCCCCCAGUGUGAGAAGAGUUUCACCCACCAGAACCAGCUGAAGAUGCACAUGAAGGUCCACAUGGGAGAAAGGCCGUUUGCCUGUACGCACUGCGGGAAGAGGUUCUCAGAGAGGAGCUACCUCCGGAUACACCAGCAGAAAAACCAUUCCACUUUAUAACAUAGAAAGUACCCAUUCCAUUCGAUAGCUUCUGACUUUUCGAUCAAACCUUGCAUUAAAGACAGAUUAAUUUUCAUUGUCUGCAGAAAAGAUCCCCAGAUUCAUUUGGAAUAAUGAAAGUAAGAGAUCUGUGUUGAAUAUUCCUGGGUAGAAUAUUGCAUACAGCCAUUGUUUGAUAUAUGACAUGUACACCCCUCACAUUUUUGUAAAUAUUUGAGUAUAUCUUUUCAUGUGACAACACUGAAGAAAUUACACUUUGCUACAAUGUAAAGUAGUGUGUACA